GGUCCGCGGCGGGCGGUUUGGGCGGCGCUCGUCGCUGGCCUGGGCUCGGCUCGGCGCCCCUCCGGGCUACAAUGUAGCGAACGGAGGAAGCGGCGAGUCCCGGCCGGGCCGAGGCGCGGGCAGCCGGGUCGGCCCUCCCUCCAUGGGUGCGCAGGUCAGACUGCUAUGGAAUAUGAUGAGAAGCUGGCUCGUUUCCGGCAGGGCCACCUCAACCCAUUCAACAAGGCCCUGCUGCAAAGCCAGCAUGACCCAAAGACUAGGGAAGCUGGAGAGGAGUUUCAGCAGAAAGACUUGAGGCUGGGCUUGUCCCCUGAGGAGGAGUCUGAGUUCCGCUGUUCGGAGCGCACCAUGGACUUGGGACUGGCAGAGGACCACUUUUCGCGCCCAGUGGGCUUGUUCCUGGCCUCGGACAUUGAGCAGCUGCGGCAGGCAAUUGAGGAGUGCAAGCAGAGGAUCUUGGAGCUCCCCGAUAACUCUGAGAAACAAAAAGAUGCUGUCGUGCGGCUCAUUCACCUGCGUCUCAAACUCCAAGAGCUGAAGGACCCGGGUGAGGAUGAGCCCAACAUCAGGGUGGUCCUGGAGCACCGCUUCUACAAGGAGAAGAGCAAGAGCGUGAAGCAGACCUGUGACAAGUGCAGCACCAUCAUCUGGGGGCUGCUCCAGACCUGGUACACCUGCACAGGUUGUUCCUAUCGCUGCCACAGCAAGUGCCUGGACCUCAUCACCAAGCCAUGUGUGCGCUCCAAGGUCAGCCACCAGGCUGAGUACGAGCUCAGCAUCUGCCCCGAGAUGGGGUUGGACAGCCAGGACUACCGCUGUGCUGAAUGCCGGAUGCCCAUCUCGCUCCGGGGAGUUCCAAGCGAGGCCCGGCAGUGCGACUACACUGGCCUCUAUUACUGCAGCAACUGCCACUGGAACGACCAGGCUGUCAUCCCUGCCAGGGUCAUCCACAAUUGGGACUUUGAACCCCGCAAGGUAUCUCGGUGCACCAUGCGCUACCUUGCCCUGAUGGUGUCGCGGCCAGUGCUCAAGCUGCGCGAGAUCAACCCUCUUCUGUUCAACUAUGUUGAGGAGCUGGUGGAGAUCCGGAAGCUGCGCCAGGACAUUCUCCUCAUGAAACCAUAUUUCAUCACCUGCAAGGAAGCCAUGGAGGCCCGGCUGCUGCUCCAGCUGCAGGAUCGGCAACACUUUGUGGAAAACGACGAAAUGUACUCGCUGCAAGACCUGAUCGACAUCAAUGCUGGGCGUCUCGGCUGCUCCCUGACUGAGAUCCACACACUCUUUGCCAAACACAUCAAACUGGAUUGUGAGCGGUGCCAAGCGAAGGGUUUUGUGUGUGAGCUCUGCAAGGAGGGGGAUGUGCUCUUCCCCUUUGACAGCCACACCUCAAUGUGCAUGGACUGUUCGGCUGUCUUCCACAGGGACUGUUAUUACGACAACUCCACGACAUGUCCCAAGUGUGCUCGGCUCAAUCUGAGAAAGCAAUCACUGCUCAGAGACCCCAAUGUGGAGCUGCAGGCAUAGAAGUGAUGUGAGGGAAAUGGCACAAAGGAAUAUGGUGUGCCCAGCAUGCCAGUUUCACCUGUACUUGCCUGGGAGAAGGUCAGCCUUGGUUGGCAAGGAAGGGAACCUCUUACAGUUGUGCAGCUGGGAAUGUGCUGUCGAAAUCUGGAAAAUGAUGCCGCACGGCAAGUGUUGAACCUCAGUCCUAUACUCCCUCCCUGGAAGAGUUGUCAAGACUGCAAAGUCUGGCAUGUGCUGAGCAGACUCUGCCUGGGAUUGCGAGGUUGAGGUCAAAAGAGCACUGCCCCACAGGACUCAGGUUUUGAGGUGUGAGGAGGACAAGCUUUUGGGCCACGGAUUGCUCAUGGCAGCUUGUGCCAGGCUGAACCCUGGAGAAAGGGCUGCCUGACUGUCAUGGGAAAUGAUUAAUGACAGCUUUCCUUGGCAGUUGCUUGUUAACUUUGCCAUUUUGUGCUGGCAUAUGACAUUGAGAAUGCCCUGUGGCUUCUGUUUUGAUAAUGAUACCAUCAGCAUGGAAGAUGAUCUUGGGCGGGUGGGGCAUAGGGAUGAUAUCUAGAAGUCAUUCCCUCUGACUUAGAUGCAGAUGUACAUCUGUGCUGGAGAUAGGGAGAGCAAAGACACAGAUGCCCCUUUCUCCUCCACCACCCCAUGACUUUUGGUGAUGGCAAAUGCAAGGACUGGGAUCAUGAAGCUGGAACAGUCCCCAACACCCACAAAGAGGAGAUGGAUGGGGCCACAGUAAAUUAUCAUGAGCACUAAAAUCACUUUAAAUAAAGCUGUGUUUAAAUCUG